AAUGCCAACAAAAACAACAACAACUAACAGAAAACGGAGUGCAGAGAUUUGUCCUCAUCCUCCUCAUUUAUUAAAUAAAAGGUACUGGGAGGAAGCUAAAGCAGGAAAAGCACGUAUACCAAACAAAUCUGGUCCUCAAAACGUCUGUACAAAAAAGGAAAUUCCUUCUAAUUCUCGAAAUGAGGUAAAAAAGCGUUUUGAACUCCCAGUCUCUACUCCAAAAAUUGCUACAAAUCCUUUGGAUAUUAAUUUUUUAACAACUUCGUCUACUCUGUCAGACAACAUUGCAUUAAAUACAACUCCAAAAAAUAUAUUAAAAUCAGCAAAUUACAAUAAUAAUCAAAGUAAUAUUUCUCCCCCAACAAAUAUUCCGCCUCAAUUUGUUUCUCUUCCUUCAUCUCUCCCCCCAUUUCCCUUUCGACUUCCAAUAAAUUCUAAAGAGUUAACUUCUCUAAAUUUUGAAGAAUUAAUGAGGACAGCACCCCCACCACAAUUUAAUUUUCAAAUGUUUCCACCCCCACCACUACUUCCACCUUCCUUUCAUUUCCCUCCAUUUCCACCUCCAGGAUUUUUUCCUGAAAAUUCAUUUUUUCAACAAGGAAAUUCUACAGGACUUUUAAAUUCAUCUCCUCCAAUAUUUCCUCAAUUUUUAAAUGAAAAACAAAAUUUUAAUAAAAAAGAAUCUACAGCAUUAACACAAUUAAUGGAAAUAUUUAAUCAAAAAGAAAUAGCUAAAGAAUCAACUAGUCAACAACAACAAAGCUUAAAUGAUUAUAAACAAAACUUUAGUGGGAAAGAACAAAAAUUACUAAAAUAUUGCGAUUCUGACGAACAAAUUGACCAAAUGUUGGAUGAAAUGGUUAAAAAUAAAGAAAAAAUAUCAAAUAAGAGAGCGAAAAAUCUUUGUAUUUUACCAUUACCUGUACCUAUUCCUAUAAUUGUUCCAGUAACUAAUGAUUUUUUACUUAAAUAUUUUUCUAAAUAA